CAUGUGUUUCACCGACUGUUACAUCGAGCAAGAGAAGAUGGAUCUUUUCAACCUAGUCGGAAAGGCCGUGCUGGGGCUCCACGGAAUGUACGUGUAGGUGCUGAAGAGCAAGUGUUAGAAAACAUGGAAGCGGAUCCUAGGAGAAGUGUCCUCUACUUAGCGCAAAUGAGCGGAUGCUCAAGAUCGACCACUCAUCGUAUCCUUCAAGAGAGAAGACUGCAUCCUUACCAUUACACGAGAGUGCAGCAUCUGCGACCAACCGACUACCCGCGACGAGUACAUUUUGCUCAAUGGUUACUGCGACAAAAUGAACUAAAUCCUGAUUUUACACGGCGCAUUCUUUUCACCGACGAAUGUUCAUUUUCCCGAGAAGGAAUGUUUAAUGCACACAAUUGGCAUUUCUGGGCACACGAAAAUCCACAUCUCACUAGGGUGAGAGCAUAUCAGGAGCGAUUUACUAUUAAUCUAUGGGCUGGAAUCAUUGGUACUACUGUGGUGGGGCCGUUUGUGUUACCUGAUCGCCUUAAUGGGGAUGCAUAUGCUAAUUUUCUACGACUAGAGCUUCCGGCAUUGUUGGAAAACGUUCCUUUGAAUGUACGGCGGAAUAUGUGGUUUCAGCACGACGGCGCUCCUCCACAUAAUUCGAUACUUGUACGACGAACAUUGAAAAGAGUAUCGUCAUAGGUGGAUUGGGCGUGGCAGUACUAACAUCUGGCCUCCUAGAUCUCCAGACCUUUCUGCUUUGGACUUU